UUCAAAACCUUUCAAUUUCAGUGCUCUUGACUCAAAUUGCACGAUUUCACUCCUCUCUUAUCAUAAUUCCUAUUUCAUCACAUCUUUGGUCUUUUAUCUUAUCCUCCUCUUUUUACAUCUCCUUAAUCUUCUCAUACCAAUGGCUUAUCAAACCAACAAAGGAGCCACCUCCUCCUUCUCUUCUUCCUCUUCUUUUUCUUCCUCUUCUUCCCCUCACCGAUGGAGCUAUGACGUUUUCUUAAGUUUUAGAGGUGAAGAUACCCGUAAUGGUUUUACAAGCCAUUUACAUAAAACUUUGUGUGACAAGGGUUUUGACACCUUCAUUGAUAAUAACCUUCAGAGAGGAGGAGAAAUCUCAAUUGAACUUCUUAAAGCCAUUGAAUCAUCAAAAGUUUCAAUUAUUGUGUUUUCUGAAAACUAUGCUUCUUCUUCUUGGUGUUUGGAUGAACUUGUCAAGAUUCUGGAGUGUAAAAAAAAUAUUGGCCAAUUAGUUUUACCUAUUUUUUACCAUGUGGAUCCAUCAGAAGUACGUGGACAAAAGAGAGAGUUUGGGGUGGCCUUGACAAAAUAUGAAGAAACAUUCAAAGAUAAUAUUGACAAGGUGCAGAAUUGGAGGAUAGCUUUAAAGGAAGUUGGUAGUUUGUCUGGAUGGCACUAUAAGAAUAGUGACACUGAAUCAAAAUUUAUCCAAACAAUUGUUGAAAAUAUACCAAGAACUAUAUUAAAAUGCAAGCCAGUAUUUGUUGGCAAAUGCCUUGUUGGAGUAAAACCUCGUGCCAAGGCCGUAGAAUCACUUUUAAGUAUUGAGUUAAAUGAAUUCCGCAUGGUAGUGAUUCAUGGCUUUUCCGGAAUAGGUAAGACUACAAUUGCAAAAGCAGUUUAUAACAGAAUUGCUAAUCAUUUUGAUAGAAGCAGUUUUUUAGAGAAUGUUAGAGAAACUUCGAAGACAAAGGAUGGCAUUAUCAAACUACAAGGUCAACUUCUUAAAGAGAUUUUAGGGGAUGAAAAUUUGAAAAUUCACAGCAUAUCUGAAGGAAUCAAUUUGAUAAAAAAGGGACUUUGUUGUAAAAAGGUUCUUUUAAUUCUUGAUGAUGUGGAUACAUUGGAAAGAAUAAAAAAUUUGCUUGGAGAUUGUAAUUGGUUUGCUCCAGGAAGUAGAGUCAUUAUAACAACAACAACAAAUCCACAAUUUUUAGCUACUCUUGGAAAAGUUUGUACAACUUAUGAGGCCAAGAAAUUAGAGAAACAUGAAGCUCUUCAACUCUUUGAAAAGCAUGCCUUCCUUGGAAAGAAAGCCAAUAAAGAUUAUUCAAAACUUACAAACCAAGUUAUACAGUAUGCCCAAGGCCUUCCAAUAGCUCUUAUAAUAAUAGCUCGUGAUUUGUGUGGAAGAACUAAACAUGAAUGGGAAAUUACAUUAGAUAAGUAUAACAAAAUUCCCAAUAAAGACAUUCAAGAAGUACUUAGAGUAAGUUAUGAUGGACUAGAGGAAAUCGAACAAGAUAUUUUCCUCGAUAUUGCAUGUUUCUUCAAGGGAUGGACCAAGGGUUAUGUUGUAGAUAUAUUAAAUGCUUGUGAUUUUUAUCCAGAUUAUGGUAUUCCAAGACUUGUUAAUAAGUGUCUCAUUACUGUGGAUCAAUAUGGUAUAUUGUUAAUGCAUGACUUGAUACAAAAAAUGGGUAGGGAAGUUGUUCGACAAGAAUCUACUCAUAUUCUUGGAAAACGUAGCAGGAUAUGGCAUCAUAAAGAUGCUCUUGAAGUACUAAUUGGAAAUAAGGGGACGGACGAAAUUCAAGGUAUAAUGUUGCAUUCACCUAAACCGGUAAAGUUGCAACUACAUCCUGAUGUUUUCAAAAGGAUGACAAAUCUCAGGAUACUUAUUGUAAAUAACUUACAUAUUUGUGAAGCAAUUCAAUAUUUUCCCAACGGGAUAAGACUUCUUAGUUGGCCUAAGUAUCCAUUUCCCUUGCCAUCCAACUAUUGUCCUCAACAACUUGUUAGUCUCCAUAUGCCAGAUAGUCGCAUUGAGUUGGAAAAGCUAUGCAAGCAGGUGUUCCAGUUAGAAAAUAUGAAACAUCUCAAUCUCCGUGGUUGUAAAUUUAUAACCAAAUUACCUGAUUUAUGCACCCCAAACUUGGAGACAUUGGACCUUUCUGAUUGUGAAAAUUUAGUUAAGAUUCACGAGUCCGGUGAAUUUCUUCAUAAGCUUAAAACGUGGAAUCUUGAUAAUUGCAAAAAACUUCAAAAUCUUCCAAACAACCUCAUGUUGACAUCUCUUGAAGUUCUUGAUACAUUAUCCCUUCGUGGUUGCAAAAACCUUCGGGAUCUUCCAGAUGGCAUUUAUAAAUUGCAACAGCUUUGGCAGCUCUGGACUCCUACCGCCAAAUUGAGACCGACAUGCAAUUCUUUUGAUAGCUCCUCCGGUUAUGGGUUUCUGAAGAUGGAAUUCCUGGAUUUCAAUUACUAUAAAAACGUAAUUGAAUUAGAUCUUUUGAUGAAGCCUGAUUACUUCCCAGCAUUGAGUUUGAUAUUUCUAUCUGGAACCAAUAUUAUUACCAUCCCCGAAAGCAUUAGCAGAUUUCCUAGUUUAAGUACACUUCAUAUUGAGAAUUGCAAGCACCUUCGUGAAAUUCAAGGACUUCCACAAUCGAUAAGGUGGGUUUAUGCACAAAAUUGCCCGUUGUUGGAUAAUGAAUCACCAAGUGGGGUAUUGAAUCAGGUAAUAGAAAUUAUGGGGAUUUUACCGAAGGGAGUAUGUGGUAGUGCAAGAAGCAAUGAAUUAAUGGAUCCCCAGUUCACCGAUUACUUCCCAUCUGAAACUGAAUCUGAAGAUGGGUACAUUUCACAGUUCCCCAAUUAUUUUACUAAAUAUCGUGUGCUUAGGGCAUCGGGAACUGAGAUUCCAUGGUUCAAUCAUCAAAGUGUUGAAAAUAAUUCCAUAUUGUUCUGGGUUGGUCGCAAAUUUCCAAAAUUGGCUCUCUAUUUUGCUUUUGGAGGCGAUGAGGCAUAUGUUAGGAACCGCUAUGAAUGCGUUGUUUACAUUUCCAUCAAUGGUUGUAAAAAACGUGAAUGUAUGCGUAGGAUACCUCCAGAGGCUUAUAAUCUGCUAUUAUAUUCUCCAUUUCAAAGGUUUCUACAGCAGAAAUUGAAUGAAUCAAAUCCAACUGACCAGAAUCAUGUUGAGGUUACAUAUAAAAUCCAACCCCGGUUCCCUGGUAAACUCAAUGCAUUAAAUCCCACAAGGUGGGGGGUCCACGUAGAGUGCAUCUGUCCUCCUCAAGAAUCUGGUAUACCUAACUUGCCCCUUCUAACUGCUGGACAUGAUGAUGAUGAUGAUGUUCAUUACUGGAGCGAGUUGCCAUUUCAUGGGUCUGAUGAUUUGGAAGCAGAAGAAGAUGAAGAAUAUCAGUCUCCUCUGGUCCUUGAUGACACAUCUAGUUCGUGCAUGAGUUGGCUAGUUGGGCCAACCACCAUGCUUUUUAUGCUAUUUCGCUUUUUCUGCCCCAGAGAUUUUUGACCUGCAUUACAAAUAGCUAUUAAGAGGAUCAAUGCAGGAUGAGACACAACGUCUCCUUCAAGUUGGAGGAAAUGACAAACCUUUCAAGUACUUAAAGAACUGUCUCUUGUUAUGCUUGUCCUCAGGAUUGCGGAAAGAGAUGUAUUGGAACAACUUGUGGAACAAGCUAUGGCAUGCAGAACUUUCUUGACAAAAAUAGUCAAUUUUUCUUUAGCUUAUUUUGAUAAAGAGGUCUCUGAAAAAUUGACUACUGCUGUUAAGGCCAUUGAAGUGGCAGUUCUGUAUGAUCAUCAAGCUAAUCGCAACCUUGAGCUGGCUUUAGCAAGAUACUCAUGGAGAUUCAAAGUCAAUAGAUUAUUAGGGGUUUACAAAAGCCCAAGAUCCAACUGAUUCAGCAGCAUUUGAAAGAGGUUGCAACAGAUUCUGGAGCUCUCAGCUUAGAUAAAGUUUUUGAACUUAUCAUGGAAGGUGAAAAUUUACCUUCUUACUUGGAGAAGGAAAUUAAGGUACAAUGUGCAUUGUCUAUAGUUUUAUCAAGCAAAACCCUGACAGAUUUUUUCAGAAAAUGUCAUUGUAAACACAUUGACUAUCAGCUCUAUGGGGAUAUGGCAAAUGCAUCAAGUUUUUUUUUUUAAAAUACCUUUCAUAUAUUCUCUCCUCCUUGCAUAUUACAGGCCUUUUCGUGAUCUUAUAAUUACAUUGUAAUAUAAUUUUUCAAGGAAUUCGUGCCCUUAAACGUGCGAGGAAUUGAAAUGUCUAGAUUAUCACUCCUAUGUCUUAGCUUGCUCAAAUUUAUUAAUAGCUUUAUGAAUUAUUUGACAUUCGAGGUCAGUAUUUCCUAUACUCUAGCAAAUGUUGUUUUCCACACUUUGUCAAGAUGUUUCCAUAUUGCUAAUGCUUUGUAAUGAGUCCCUUUGCCUCAGCCCCAAGGUACCUAUAUUGAAACAAUAUUACAUCAGGUUGUGUGCUACCCGACCCUUAAAUUGAAGGUUAGUACUGUUGUUUAUCAACAAAGCUCAAGUGCUACUGAAGCUUCCUUUUGAAAAGUGAGAACAAUGAACAAGGAAAAUGUGAGAAAGUUCCUAAUCGAGAUGUUGACCCAAGAAAACUUGUCAAGAUUCGGCUCCAACUUUUGCAGUUUGUAUGCAUUCCCUGAAAACUACAUAUCAAAGUCAAAAGAAAAUGUGGAGAAAUCUCUGUGCCUACAAUAUGCAGCAGCAGCUCAAUGGUUGAUUCAGUCUUCCAUUGACAUUCUUAUGCUAGAUGAAUCAUCUUUUGGUUUAAUUGGGAAUCCAACAAGUCCAUUAAGGGCACUUAAAUAGCUCCAGAUUCUGUUUUCAAAUUCAAGAGAUAAUUCAAUGCUGAGCUUUAGAUCUUGGAGGAGACGUUGAGUAGAGUUCCAAAUAUGUACAACACACCAUAUGUUUUGGGCUUUAAAUUUGAAUAUUGUUGUUUGUAUCUAGGAUAUGUGAUUCCUUAAAUAUCUGUAACAAACAUGACAAUCUUUUGAGUUUGUACAGAUUUUCAUUAUUGUUGUUGUAAUGGGUAGUAUAGUCCCCAAUUAAUGUUAUGGCUAUAAUAAAAAGAAUCCACAAGCACGAAGGCAAGCCAUCUCAAAUAAAGAGUGAAAUCCUAGGGGCCCUUGCAAUACCAUCUAUAGUGGUGUGCAUUAGUGCAUCUCUACAGAAUUUCUAGCUUGGUAUAGAAUAUAAUUAAACAGGAGGGACAACAGAAAGAAAAUAAAAUGUACAAGAUGGGAUAUGCUCAAUAGGAACAAGAAAGACACUACCUACAUCUGCCAGUUGGGUGAAAAGAAGGGUUCUAACCCCGCCAUGGUGUCCAAGGUGCAACUUAAAUGAGGAUGACACAGUGCAUGUAUUGUUGAGCUGUGAGGAGGCACAAAGAAUUUGGUGUUGCAGUAAAGUGGUAAUUAGAGGAAGAGAGCAUGAAUUCCUUGUCUUCGUGAGAAUAUUUAUGGAGAGCUUUGAAGCAGAACUUGAGGCUGCAGUCCCAGCCAUUCGGUUUUCUCAUGAAGUUGGCAUUCACCAUAAAAAUUCUUGAAGGCGAUUCAGCAUAGGUUAUAGCAAAACUUCAGGAACACAGAGAGGAUGGUUUUGGUGGGGAAAUGUUGUGUAGGAAGCCAAGUUUUAUCUGCAACAGUUUCAGCAAUGGGAAAUUAGUUUAACUAGACAGGAAACAAAUAAUACAACACACAUUCUGGCGAGAUAUGCACAUGAUAUUGAAGAUUAUGUAACCUAGAUAGAAGAGGCUCCAUUAUUAUUGUUUGAACAUUUGAACAAUGAUGUACUGGGUU